AUUCCGGGAAUGGCAGAAAAAAUGUCGGACGGUAUCCGUCGCAACAGUAUGGUUGGAAAAUUGUCCACCAACCAGAAUGAAAAUAUUUCUCCGUUGGGUCCCGGAACUCCACAGAGAAACAGUUUCUGUGUCCCGGUAAAGCGAACACCCCUCAAAUUGUCGAUUCCAUGUGCAAAGUUACAAUUUUCCGACGCGUGCCAAGCAAAUACGGCACCGGUGCAUUCAAUGUCGAAACCAUUCUCCGGAUCCAAGUUCACCCAUACGCCGGAGUUCGUCGUCGGUAGUCCGUCGCAGUCCAAUGGCAGUCGGUUUGGGACGUUGUCUGGAACGAUCGGGGAGUUCGAAGAAAUGGAUGAUGGAGUGAUGCUGAUCUCCGGAUUUGAUAGUAACGGGUCGCUGCAAAUCAACAGCUUGACGGCGAGUCCAGAACAUUCGCCCCUGAUGGCCCAGCUGAUGGAGGCGACUGCUGGCAGUUCGCCAGGAACUGCUUCCAGCCAAGGCACCGGAAGCAUUUCCCCAAUGGCACGUCUAAUGCGCUCACAGCUCAACCACGGCAGUUACCAGCAGCAGUUUGACGAGAUGUCCGACCUGACGGAACCGGGCAGCACAGUCACAGCCAGCUUAAGUCCACCCACGCCUCCAGUACGCGCUGGUCAGGCUCUGUUCAACUCAAAUGCAUCGUCAGCGGUAGCCGGUACUGGGACGGGAGCGACAUCCGCAAUGGCUGCCACGGCUCAAGAGCUCCUAAACAGCAGCAGCUCCAGCAGUAAAAGCUCGAAGGUAUCUUCCUCGUCCAGCACCACCACAUCUCGAAUGGCCAAGACGUCUUCGACGCAACGGCUCCAGCACAUGUCCUCCUCACUAACGUCGUCCUCCACCUCCUCGUCGACCUCGUCAUCGUCGACCUCAUCAGCAGCAGCUGUAAAGCAAGGUCUUGGCGAGAUGCAGAGUUCGAUGGCCGAAAUGAAAAAUAUGAUGGGACAUUCCAGUGCGUCCCAGGUUUCCACCUCUUCAUCGUCCUCGAUGUCGUCGUCUUCGAGUCAGUUGAAAAAACUAGCCAUCACAAACAGUUCCUCCAAUCUUGGUGAACUACAAAAACGACUCCGUUCCUCCAUGGACAGCCUGGAUGAUGCGACGGCAGACUACCAGGUGACCCAUCCGGACUCGGACGGUGAGAUGAGCUCUAUGCUCACAAUGAAACCGGCCGGGUGUGUGCAGAACGGCCACGCAAUGAACGGUGCCGUGGAUACGGUCAAAUUUGAACAGAAACAGAUGACCUCCGAAUCCAAGACAAAGGUGGUAACCGACGGGUUCAGCAGCGAGCAAGCGACUUUGAAUUCGGCACAGAUGAAAAAAUUACAUGCCGGCGAUGUGCAGUAUCAGGAGGAAGCAGCCCUGGCGGCGACGAGCAACACCAUGGAAGUGGACGGGUUGAAAACGGAAGAGAAAGGAGCGCUACUGAAGGUAUGUUACCGUUUGAAAUAUGUACUUAUUCAUAAUUAAAUAAGAAAUUAAGCU